AUGGACGAGUCAAACGCCCCUUCAACUCCAGACACUGAGUUCUCUCCUCCAUGUAGUCCUCCACAAAAGAUUCAGUAUCUACGAGAUACUCGUUCUGCAGCAAAGGAGAAGCUGUCACUGCUAACCUUGGAGGAAAAAGUCUCACUUCUCACAGCAGCUGACUUUUGGAGAACAAAAGCCAUUCCUGAGAAAGGCAUUCCUUCUAUCAAAACAACAGACGGACCCAAUGGCGCACGCGGCGGUAUUUUUGUCGGCGGUACAAAGGCCGCACUGUUCCCCUGCGGUAUCUCCCUCGCAGCUACAUGGAACAAAGACCUCUUGUACCAAGUCGGCCAGCAUCUAGCGCAGGAAGUCCGCGCCCGAUCAGCAGAGAUGCUUCUGGCGCCAACGGUCUGCAUGCAUCGCCAUCCCCUCGGCGGUCGAAACUUUGAGUCCUUCUCAGAAGAUCCGUUGCUUACUGGAAAGUUGGCGGCGCAGUACAUCAAGGGUCUUCAGGAUAGAGGUGUCGCGGCGACCAUCAAGCAUUUCGUUGGGAACGAGCAAGAGACCAACAGACUCACGAUAGACUCGCUCAUUACUGAGCGACCUCUUCGUGAGAUUUAUCUCAAACCGUUCGAGAUUGCUGUUCGGGAGGCUAAUCCGUGGGCUGUAAUGUCGUCGUACAACCUCAUCAACGGCGUCCACGCAGAUAUGAACAAGCACACGCUCAAGGAUAUUCUUCGCGGAGAAUGGGGAUACGAGGGAACCGUGGUUUCAGACUGGGGCGGCGUAAACUCAAUAGUCGACUCCGUAGAAGCAGGCUGCGAUAUCGAAUUCCCCUACUCCCCGAAAUGGCGUCUCGACAAGCUCAUCGUAGCCGUCAACGAAGGCCGCAUGUCAAUCGAGACUAUCAACCAAGCAGCAGAAAACGUUCUCGCGCUGGUAGAGCGACUCAAGGGAGGCGACAUGUCCCCCGAGCAGCCAGAGCGCGAAGAUGACCGUGAAGAAACACGCCAACUAAUCCGAGCAGCCGGUCACGAAGGACUCACACUUUUAAAGAAUGACCACGGUAUUCUUCCACUGUGUCCCAAGAGUACCAAAGUCGCUGUCAUCGGACCCAACGCGAAUCGUCACAUUGCUGGUGGUGGUGGAAGCGCGAGUUUGAACCCGUACUACAACACCAUUCCGCUAGACAGUAUACGAAAAGCGUCGCAGCAAAAAGUAUCGUUUGCUCAAGGUUGUCAUAUCCACAAAUGGCUCCCUGUCGCGUCAGAGUACUGCACCGAAAAGUCAGGCAAGCCAGGUGUCCACAUAGACUGGUUCGCAGGCGACAAAUUCGAGGGCAGUCCCGUGGUGAAGCAGCGUCGAACAAACACAGAUCUCUUCCUCUGGGACUCAGCACCUUUGAACCAGGUCGGGCCGGAGUGGUCUGCUGUGGCGACUACAUAUCUGACGCCCAAAACAACAGGGAAGCACACCAUCAGCUUCAUGAGUGUCGGUCCCGGAAGAUUAUUCGUUGACGGAAACAAGGUUCUCGAUCUGUGGGACUGGACUGAAGAAGGCGAAGCCAUGUUUGACGGGUCGAUUGACUACCUCGUCGACGUCGACAUGGAAGCCGACAAGGCCGUUGAGCUGCGCGUGGAGAUGACCAACGAACUACGUCCUAUAUCCAAGCAGAAGCAGUUUGGCAUCACGCACAAGUACGGUGGUUGUCGCAUUGGGUUCAAGGAGCAAGACAGGGUGGAUUACAUUCAACAGGCCGUCGAGACAGCUCGCGAUGCAGAUGUCGCGGUUGUCAUUGUUGGUGUGGAUGCUGAGUGGGAAUCCGAGGGCUAUGAUCGUCAGACGAUGGAUCUUCCAGCUGAUGGAAACCAGGACAGACUUAUCGAGGCUAUUGUCAAGGCUAACCCGCGCACAGUCGUUGUCAACCAGUCUGGCAGUCCGGUGCAUAUGCCAUGGGUUGAUCGGGUACCUGUCAUUCUCCAGGGCUGGUACCAGGGUCAAGAGGCAGGCAAUGCUUUAGCCGAUGUCUUGUUUGGCAUUGAGAACCCCAGCGGGAAGCUCCCAAGUACGUUUCCCAAACGCAUAGAGCAUACUCCAGCAUGGCACACCUGGCCCGGCGAAAACCACAAAGUUCUGUACGGUGAAGGCCUCUACAUAGGAUACAAACACUACGACCACGCCAAGAUCGAGCCUCUUUUUCCUUUCGGCCAUGGUCUCUCCUACACAACAUUCGAGUACGGCCGGCCCGAAAUCUCAACAAGAACCCUCACCCCGAAUGAGGAGAUCACGAUAACCCUCGCCAUCUCCAACACUGGAUCACGCGCCGGUUCAGAAAUCGUGCAGCUCUAUGUACAUGACGAAAAGAGUCGAUUGCCAAGACCUGAGAAGGAGCUCGUGGCGUUUGAAAAGGUAUACCUUGAAGCUGACGAGACGAGGCACAUAAGCAUCAAACUGGACAAGUAUGCUGUUGGGUACUACGACGAGACUGUUCCAGGAUGGAUUGCCGAGGAGGGAGUUUUCCAGGUGUUGAUUGGAGCGUCGAGUACAGAUAUCAGGUAA